CUAAUAUCUUAUAGCUCUGCUUAUAAAACGCUCGAAAGCUCAACAUUUUGUUCAUCGACUUCUCGAAAUCCUGAUGGGCAAUUCCAUGUCACACAAGCAAGUCCAUGGCACUGGAAAAGUCAUACUGUCGGAUGGGUCGGUGCACGAGUUCAAUAAUCAUGAUCUAACAGUUGCUGAGCUGAUGCUAGAGCACCCGCAACAAGUAGUGGUCGAAUUCCGGGCAGCUGUCUCAGCAAAAAGACCAAUCCCAUUACCCGCAGAUACAAAGCUGGACAAGAAAAAGAUUUACUUAAUGUUUCCAAUGAAGCGAGGGAAACCAUUGUCAAUGUCAUCCGAAGAUAUUCGCGGUGUUCUUUCAAGUGCAAAUUCACUUUUACGAUCAAGAUCAUCAUCACUGAAAUUCUUGCCUCUGUUUGCAAGGAUAUGCCCUGCAGGAGAUGCACAUGCUUUUGUGUUGCCAAAGAAGGAAUAUAGCAUGGAGAGGACGUCAGAAUCAGAGGUGGUGAGGUCGUAUCUGCCGGAGUUUGACAUGGAGGAAAGUUUGGAUGCGAGGCCAGAAUUUUUGACUAGGCAGCUUUCCGGCAAGGCUACUUGGAAGCCUAAUUUGGAUACCAUUAAGGAGAAGAAGGUUGAGAAGAAGCUGUCUCAUUGGUACCUUAUGUUCAAGUGGUAGAUAUGAAGUACCACAUAAACCAACCAACACGCCAACAUGCAAUGUAGUACAAUUUGCUAGUUAUGGUGAAGUUUGUAGUAAAUUUGCGUAAUUCAGGACAUGAAGAAUGUGAUUGUUGUACGUGUAUAAGUUUUUUUUUUUUUUCCUUUUUUUUGAAAGGGUGUAUUAGU